ACAGCUGAUCAAAUGUCAAGAAAAUGGAGUUUUGUUACGCAUUUUUAAUACACCGUAAAAAAAUGGCAAUAUGAGAUCAAUAAAAACUAUUUUUUAUAGCUCAUUGGGCUAGAAUGGAAAGUACCGGUCCAUUUCAGCCUUGGGCAAAUGACGAAAACUCGAAAGACGUGAAAAGUGAGGCAGAAUUAGCGGAUGACGCGAAACUUCAUCGGGAAGAUGUCAAUCAUCCAAAACAUAGGCAAACUGCGUCUUACAAUAAAGAAAGUGUCAGUGAUUCAACUAACGCUCCAGGAUCCUCGAGUGACACUGGCCCCGGUGGUGCUACCGAGGGUACAGAACCCGAGAUGGACUCGAACAAAAUAACUUCUAUGCAACAAAUAGUUGAGAACACUCUCAGUCAAGAGGGCCGACAAAGAGUAACUCACUUAAUAGAAGCUGUUGAAGCCCUCAGCGGAGCAGAAAAGCUGUUGCUUUAUCUGCGGCUACCAACAGGAGUACCACCUCAUGAUCCUUUAAAACAACCAAUCAAUCCAUUAGGAUCAAGAGCUGAACUGAAACAGACUGUUACAUGGAUACAAACACACUUGGAAGUUGACCCUGAUGUCUCAUUACCCAAACAGGAUGUUUAUGAUGAAUACAUAGCUCAUUGUAUGAGUAGUAACAUGAAGCCUCUGUCGACUGCAGACUUCGGUAAAGUCAUGAAACAGGUGUACCCGAGCGUACGGCCCAGAAGGCUUGGGACUCGUGGCAAUUCUAGAUAUUGCUAUGCGGGUCUUCGAAAAAGGAUUAAAUUGGAAGUUCCACAAUUACCCGAUUUAGGUGAAUCGUCGAAGGAACCAAUUGUGACUUCACGAGAAAAUGAAAGGAUAGUUUGCGACUGGGCAGAAACAAAAUUAGGUGUGAAGUUCGCAAAUAUUUUAGAAUUGUCACAACAUUUAUUAUCACCGGCUCCAAACCUGACCACUCCCGGGCCGCUGUCUACGUCACCACAACCAGCUGUCCCGCAGCCUCAUGGAUCAGCUACCGCUGAUGACGCAACGAGUCGACAAUUAAUAAAACAUUUAAAACGGAAAAUGCAGGGUCAUGGAACUCCCGGUAGACCCAAAAAGAACAAAGGUCAGGAAUUGACUGGAGAGUCAUCACCGGCGGCCUCUGGUACGUGCGUCGGACAUCAUCCGACGUUAAAGCAUGAGACGGAGCAGGUACCCGAGACCAGUUACGCAUACCAACCGGCAUACGUGACGGUGUAUGAGCCGCGGCCGCCAUACUCCGCUUACGGGGCCCCGCCUCGCGCGCACCCGCUGCCCGCUCUCACUACCCACGAGUAUCGCCCCGACCCCUACGCCUUCGAGCCCACGUAUGCGCCUCACGACUUGACGCUCCCCAUCAACCUCAGUAGCAACGCUUCCCUCGACCUCUCCACCGACCGCGCCGACUGGCACCGUCGCCGUCCACCUGAGCCGCCGCCCCCGCCGCGCCUCCCCCUCCCCGGUAAGAAAUUCAUCCUGGAGACCUACCAAAUCGAAACGGCAGCGCGCGCGCCGCCGCUCCAGCCGGUGUCGGCGCCAACACCGGACGACUUUCCGCGCGCCGAAUACUUGCCCAAGAAAAUGAGAGCGGCCGAGAUCCUCGGCGGGAAGCUGGCCGCGGCCCGACAUGUCGUGGCUGUCUCGGAAGCCGGGUCCUCGUCGGCGCCGGUUGCCGAGCCUGCGCCGCUCCGUCCCGCGGGUGCUUUUUUAGAGGAUCCAAAAAACUUAACGAGCCGGUCCAAAAGCACCGCCGCGGCGCUGGCCCGGGAGGAACAGGAGGCGGCGAGUCCAACGCGAUCGACGAGAGCUCUGGCGUCCAUCAAACCGCGCAAAAUAAAUAGCCGCAUGAGAUCGAACUCGCCCGAUCGUGCGAGGUCACCCGAGAGACCCGCCACUCCCGACUCUUGUUGCGGCCUCGACGGUAUCAAUAUUAGAACUGGCGUGAUAUGUGAAGAAAAACACUCUGAAAUCUUGAACAGAGAACGCGUCAUCAGUAUCUGCAAUAUCGAUAAACACGACCUGGACGAUUAUUUGAACGAAGGGAAUAGUCAAGAACACGAAGAAGAGCUGCUUCAGUACUUCCACCAACAGCGUGCCGCUCAAGCCGAGGCGGCAGCGGAGCUCGACCAGUCUGAAAGAACCGUUAUUUUUUUAGAGGCAAGCCAGGACCCGCAAGACGAACACAGUCAAGGAAAAAAUGAAAAAAUCUCUCAGUUACGCGAACUACUUGCGAAAAAUUUGAAAAACCAAAGUGGGUCCAACUCUCAGAAUGCAAUAAAUCAAAACGCUGACCACUCUCAAGCAAAUACGAAUCAGCAGCAGUCUGCUAAAGUCAGUGAUUGCGGCGAUGCAUUCAAACCGUUAAAUGUUGACGAGAGCGAUAUGAACGGGACGGCCACGACUAAAGCGGUCGAAGUGAAUCCCCCGAAACAGUGCCAUAGUGUGCCGCAUCAAAACGGGUCAACGUUACCUUUUAACAACGAUAAGACUUCUAAUCAAAUGAUACCGAAUGUCAGCGGUUCCCAUCUCUACAAUGGGCACUGUCAAAACGAACCUCAGAGCCCCACAACUAGAACUCAGCAAUACGACUUUGUUCCGAUAUCUGAAGGGUGCCAUUCGCCGGGACACUUCAGAGGCCAAAGUCCAACUAAAGUACAAAAACAAGUAAUCGUUGGGGGUUCUCUUCAAACGUCACCGACAUCACACAGCACUGCUGCCAGCCCUUUUGUGAGUCCAAGAAAUACACCGGUCCCGAGGUCGAGACUAUGCCCUCGGCCCAUUCCUAAACACAACGGACGAAAGAGACGCAAUCCUUUAACAUUGGGUAUAAAUGACAUGUGCUCGAAGCCAUUUGCUAUUCCAAACGAUCAGAAAUUUAUAACAAAAAACACUACCUGUGAUCCCGGUAAAUAUUGUCAGCCGAUGUCUGCUCCGCCUUCGCCAAACAUACUGUCGUCCCAUUUCAAAAGUCAGUUAUAUCAAUGUAAUUCGAGCAUUCAGAACGGUAACAAUAAUAAUUUGUGUUUAAAUUUCCUACCAAAUAACGCUUUCAGAGAGCACAUAAACGGAGACCCGCCGCUCUCGGCCGAUCCUCUGUCCAGCGAAGUCAGUCAAUUCUUUCAAGAUUCAAUGGUGACUUAUAGACCGGGCCCAGACGCUUUUAGGUCCCAAUCGGUGCCUUUAAAACACGGAAUCAACAAUAUCGGUCUCCUCAGCUACAAUAACACGCCCGUCGGCUCGGUGCCGCCUACGCCUGUCCCUAAUGAGUUCUGCGACUUUGGUUCGCUGGCUGAAACCUGCGACAUAUCUAGAGCUGGCCUCAACAGGGAGACUUUAGACAAAAUUUACAACGCGAUAGACAGUAGCCACGAUGUACUUAAUCCAGACGGCACAGCGAAUCUGCUAAAUACGAAUGACGGUUUGAGUAACGGCUGCGAUUCUAUGCCGGGAUCGCAAAUGUUACCCGAUCAACUGACGUCACUUAUCCCGGGCGGAGAAGAGCUACUCGACAGCGGAAACCAAUUCAACCAAUCGUACACGAACGAUAGUUCGACAACGGAAAAUACAAACAGUAUUGACUUAGAUUUAUCGGAACUAGUUACGGACAAAAGUAAAUAUUAUACGUCUCGCUCGGUACCGAGCACACCGUUGCCUUACAAACGUGCCGCUCCCGGCCUGCAGAUAGACUCGCGCCGAUCUAGGGAUUUGUUUGCCGUAGAGAAUUACACUAUACCGACGAACGGAAUAUGCUCCAAGUCGGUGCCAUCGACUCCUCAGUUUGCUGAAGACAGGAGUGUUUUUAGCUACAGCAAUAGAGAUUUCUUGAUCAACGGAAACUCUGUUUGUGGGUCGACUCAAGUCCACGAAACUGUAGUCGAAAACGAUCAAACGUUGGCUUCGCCGCUUCACGACAUGCUACGAGAAGACAUAUUAGACCCGUUGACGCCCGCGCUGUUGGCCGAUCUGGAUAAGAUUGAUGCCGCCCCCUAUGUCGAUCUCUAGUCAGCAAUAAACUCCUUUGUAAAUAUUUGUAUAUCAUAAUGUUCAUUUUUCAAUGGCACAUUAAAUAUUGGACAACAAAGUGCAAUAUUGGUUAGAUGCCUUCAGUGAAGGUUGACACAUUAUGUUCUUACUUCGCCAAUCAUGAAGUAAUGCUUCAAAAAAUAUAUAUUAAAACAAUGGUGACAAAACUCAAUUAUUUGAUGUUUAUGUUAAAUAUGUAAUUAAAUUACAGUAAAAUCUGUAUAUUGAAUUGAAUGAAUUUUAGAUACGAUACAAACUGGUGCUAAAACUGGACAAUUCUGAUCACAUAUUUCAAUUUACUACCCGCAGGUCGGAGCUAACUUUAUAUUUAAUAUAAUGGACCAUUGUAACAAUUGUUGCAUAAGUUUGUACAUAUGUGUAAUUAUUACAUUAUAAUUAAUAGUAUAAAAUAAUAAAAUCGACUGAAUUCAAUCGACAAACGAACACAUGAAAACAACGUUCUGCCUAUCGUUACUUCUCGUCCGAUACUUUCUACGGCUGCUGAUAAAAAUGACAACCUCUUUGGUGAUUGUUCUCGAAAGAUCCGAGGCUAUAAAUUAAAAUGAAAAAAAAUUGAAAUUAAAAUGUUGAAAACAUUAACGGAUCAUUUUGUAUAGAUAGAAUAUAAUGCCAAAUCGGCCAACAAUUUUUUUUUAUACGCAAUGUAUAUUUGGCGAUUUAUUCGUGUAACUGAAAAUUCAGAAGCACAAUUCACAUGAAACGAAUGGCUGUAGUUAGAUUAACCAGACCAAUGCAGUGUGCAAAGCGCGCUAUUAGGUAAUUAAAUAAAACGGUUUUCAUAUGUAAAACUAAAUUAAAUAUAUAGUUUAUGAAAAUGAAUUUAUUGUAAGUUAGCACAAAGAUUUUAAUAUAUUUUAUUAUCGCAUAGAUGUUUUACUGACAUAUUAAAUUUAAAUAGAUAAAUAGCAUGAAAUGCGGAAACUUGUUCUGCCACUAUGGCUGUGUGAAGCGUGAGGGCUUUUAAAUUUUCGUUGCAGCAACGUGGGACAUAGGUUUGUGAAUAUAAUAUAAAAUUUUGGUGGGAAUAUAAAAAAAAUGUUACAACAAUAUUCAUAGCAACCAAUUCGAAUUCUAAUGAAAAUUUCUGCACGUGUCGCACUAACAUAAUACAUAAACCAAACGUAUAUACGUUCAGUACAGGCGUGUAUGUAUUAGAUAAAAAAAUCUAGAAUUGCAUAUUUUUGUUUUUAAAGCAUUUUCAAUGCAGAAUCUUCAGUUUCCAAACUAGGUAUUAUAUAUGAUUUGGCAAACAAUACGAUGAUACCCCAUAUGAUGACCCCCCAUAUAUCGUACAAUAGAACAGCUAAAUGAUUUGUUUAAAAAGUAUAUUGACAUUAUCAAUAUAUUUUAUUUAUUAUUUUAUUUAAAAAAAAAACAUGCAAAGAGAAACUUUUUAUAAAAAUGUAUUUAAAUCCAAUUAAAUUAAAUUACAUCAUAUUCAAUUAAGUAACUAAGAUGACUUCUAAAUUAUAUUUUACAGUUAAAUCACAUUUAAUUCGGAAGAAUGAAAUGUUAAUUUUAUAUAGGCCCACAUAUCAUUCGCUCCAAAAAAAAAAAAAUAGUAAGACUUUCAAUGUAAUCCAUUUGAGAUUGUUUUUUUAUAAUGAAGCCUAAGCUAGAUUACUUUUGAGGUAUAGCAUGUAGAGGUUUGUAUAACGCUAGUACAAAGUAACUCACUGAUACAACAGGGAUUUACCUAAAUAUGUAUAAGUGAAACCGAAGACUGUAUUAAAAUUUGUAGGUAUUUCAACGCAUACAAUUGUUCUGUUCACACUUUGUUCUGAAUUCAAAACGUCUACGCAACGAAUAGGAAGGUACUUUCAGUGAUAAAAAGUUUUGUUUGUAUGGGUUUUGUAUUCCAAUUUGGUACAACUACCAAAAUCUAUUGGUACCUUAUUAAUUUUAAGUUGUACAGUGUAUUUUGUUUUUAGACAAAAAUAAAUUAAGGUUAAUAUUGUAAAUACUUUGAUCAUCAUCUCAUUCCUUGUUGUUUCAUUAAAAAUCGGAUGGUGUGCGCGUAAUCAUCAGUCAUGAUGGUCACGUUAAAUUGCCACAGUUUAAAUAGAUAUAAAAGUCAAAGAUAUUGCGAUGUACGCAUUAAUUAAUAAGUGUUGUGAACACGAUAAAAUUUGGUGUUUUAGUCUAUAAAUGGAUAUUAUCUGUGAAUUAUUAUAAAUUAUGUUUUUAAAAAGAAAACAAAUUUGAAUCCGUUCGCUGCAAUCUUCGACAACUGAUUAGAGCUAAAUAAAAACACAUGAUUUGAAAAUAAUAUUUAUUUU